AUGGGAGACGUGACAAAAAUCACGUGUAUAUAUGACAUCAACACUAAGGGCUUUACAGACACGAUUAAUUGUCCAUGUGGAAGUACUAGAAGUGACACGGUGUUAUGCAACUACGACUUUUCGAAGAUCACGACAUCAACGAGUACAGCAAGUCUUGGGAUCAAUACAGGGACAUACGCGAAUGGUAUUGUAUUAGGACAAAAUGUUCUAUUAGACUUGACAUAUUUCGCGUCUAUAGACAUGAUAGAAGCAACGUCUUCCUUUUCAAAGAAUUCAUUGCUUUGCUUGGCACAUCCCAACUGUUUGUCAAAUCCCAAAGUCGGGAAAGGGUGGUUUCUUGUGACAAAUAAUAAGAUCGUUCCAAAGGUAGUGUUUGAUACGACGAGUCCAGCGACAUAUUCAACGACUUUAGAGUACUCUCUAAUUGAAGCGUCGAUUGGAGGAGGUUCGUAUGACAUUCUAAUCUUCGAUAAAACGUCUCAAAUAGGAUUUAAUGGCAAUUUCAAUGCAAAUGAAGUCAUCUUGAAAGAGCCGACUGUCAUUGGAUCGAACGACACAAAGACUACAGUAAAGAUCUCAAAGAUCGGCAUCCAAACUGGAAUACCCCGUGCACUCACAUUGAGUCGCAAAGUCUCUUUCAUCUUCUCUUCCGCGUCAUACACUAACGUGCAAACGGAGAAUUACGAAUUGUUCAACGGGUACACUCAGAACUUCAAUUUAACACGCACAAAUUCUCUUCUCAAUGUCGCGUGUAAUAAGUCCGACGCGUUUCUGUCGAUUGAUGGAAGAUAUAGAAGUCACUGCGAACAGUCAUAUCCACUGUGUUCUUAUAGAAACGACGAUUCAUCAGUUGCGACUAUUGAUCUUGAUAACGAAGAGAAUGAAUAUUACCCAAGUACUACUCCUGUCGACUGUCAUAACCAAAGCGUCAGGUUUUAUAGCGACAAAACAGGGACAGUGACACUGAAAUUAAGGAAUGAGAAAUAUAACGCUAUUUUAAUACCAAACGCAAGUCUCCAGUUCUCUAAAGCGCCUGCAUUAGUCGAGAUUGGAUAUGUAGAAGCAAAUGUUGUUAUCUUUGGAGUCCAAUUGAAGAGUUAUGGAGUCCAUGUGACACAGACAAUUACACUCAACACAUUUGAUAUUGAAGAAAUCACAGGCGGGACCGUCUUUAUUAAUGAAGACGGAUCAUUCCAAAGGGGAGAAAUCACAACUUUGACGUUCUAUAAAGACGCGAUUGUUGAACUUGGAACGACUCGAGUGGGGGAGGUGACGUUCUCGACGUAUAUAACCGUCGUUACAAAUGUUACUCUAAAGUCACAAUUGACAAAUGCGAUUGACAGGAUACCGGAAACAUCGUCGUGGGUGUGUAGUAAUACCGUUGUGACAACGUUAGAUGCAUACACUGAUCUUACAAAGUGCCCAACGUCGAUCUGUGAAUUGCGUUCAAUUCGGUCGGCUGAUUUGAGCACAUUUACAUUUGAGAAUCAGGAGCAAUGUCUUGCUGGGUGUGUGUUCUGUGAAUACGAUGUGUUGGGGAAGAUUGUAUUUGACAUCUACAAAGAGAUGAAAGUGGUGAAGGUGUAUAAUCGGUUGACAUUACUUGGUGUUAGUACACUCACUGUACCAACACUCAAUAUAGAACUGUUUGAUGGAUCAAUUUUGGAGCAGAAGAGCAAUGAACAAGUGACGGAAUACUUUCCUGCAGUCAAUAUAGUAGUGAAAGGAAAUGUCAAUGUGAAGAAUAUAGUGAUACAGAAGAUAGUAUGUACCUUAGGAAAUGAAGUAACUAUAGAUGGAAGUGUUACUGUCAAUGAAAAUAAUAAUUGCAAGUUUGUUGUAACAGCGGGGAAUACAUUGAAGUAUACCCAACACAAUGGAGACAUUCAAGUCGACCUUGAUGGGACUUUGGUGAUCACAAAUGAGCCCAAAUCGGUGAAUAUGACGAUUGGAGAGAAAGGAGUAAUAGAGAGAGCAACAAAUGUGACACUUCCAUUCACUGAAAUCCAGUUGCAAGCACAUCCGAAGUGUCAGCGAAUUGGGCGACUUACGACGAGUGAAGGGAUGGGGGAAGUUCAGAAUGUUAAUACAAUUGAAGUGUAUUAUGGGACAUAUUCAUGUCAUGAUGAUGAGAUAUGGGCGUGUCAAUCGAGUGUGAGUUCAUAUAUAUGUGAAGGUUUAGUAGGGACCCCAGAAUCCCCAUGUUUGAGUACUUUUGUCCAAAUAUUUGAGAGAGGGUGUGUCAUCGACUUUACUGGUUAUAAUGACACGGAAGCAACACUGACAACCACACUUACAAAUAUCAUCAAUUACAAAGAAGGACUGCAGAUCAAUGGGAAUGACGUGUUACGGAUGUCACAGUUAGUUAUAGAGGACCAUUUAAUAGUCUCCCAUGGUCAUAUCAUACAUAGUAUAAUAGUUGGGAAGGCUACUUUUAUGAACACGAAAUCUCUCUUUGUCACAGGCGAAGACGUUGAGAUGAAAGUAGUCGACUCGACGGUGUCACAAAUAGCCGUUUUGAAUGGGAAGAUAACAGCGGAAGGGGAUGUGGUAGUGCAAAGUGGAGUGUUAGAAAGCGUUAAAAUUGGUGGGAAAGUAGUGAUAGAAGGGAACGUGACGAUUUCGAAGAGUGAGAUGAAUGGGAUGGAUUUGUUUAUAAGGAGUGGGAAGUUGAGAGUAGAUGAAUGCACAGCGAAUGUUGAGAAAGUGAGUGAAUGCACAGCUGUUGCUUUUGGGGAUUAUGCACAAUCGAUUGAUGUCAUCAACACGAACGAGUUGUAUGUGAAGUACGAUAACACGUAUUUGUUUAUCUGCGGAAUAGGGAAGACGCCAGCGGAGCAGUUGAGAUGUGUUGGUGAAGUGGCAAUGAGUGAGUUUAACUAUCGUAAUUCGACGUAUCAAAGUGGGUAUUGUCCAUGUGGGAAUGAGAUGUGUUUUAUUGACUUGAGUGAUCAAAAAGGGACGAUAGUGAGUGGGUUGAGUGGAUAUAUUGAUGGACUUACAUUAUCAGAGACAGUGAAAAUGGUGACUGGAGAUUCUGUUGUGAUUAACACGAUUAAUUGCACGAAUGUCGAGUUCCAAAUAGAAGGAAGGAUACAACGAAUAGAAGGAAAUGCAAUUACACUGUCAAGUAAUGGAUUGGCAGUUUCGGAACUGAAAGCUACAAGUCUGAGAACAAAAGGGAAUGUUAGUGGAGGUGCAUGGAGUGUUAAUUUUAAUGCAGUGAUAGAAGGGAAAUUGGAGAUCACCGAUCUCAUGCGAAUAGAGAAGGGAGGAAUACUCGAUAUCACACAAGGAAGUAUUUCGAUUGCAAAGAAGUCGGGAUUGAUAUUUGCGGGAGGAAAGAUCCGAUUACCGGGAAGCAAUGAAAGUGUCGUCUCCGAAACAAGUGCGUUCAAUUUUGAUGAAGCGACAACACUUCUUAUUGAAGAGUUUGAGGGGACAUUAUUCCCAUUCAAGUGUGGGAGUGCAAGUCACUUGGAGAAAGUGACGGUGGAGACUUUUAAGAGUAAUACAAGUAAAAAAACUAUUCAAACUAAUACAAGUAUUAAAAGGAAUAGAUUAAAAGGUGGGAGGAAUUUAAAAGUGUAUUUUGUGUGUGAGAGUUAUAUUGCUAUAGGAGAAAGUCGACCGAAAGAAUGUCCGAAUGGAAUGACGGAUAAUUAUAAAGAGCCGAAUGAUGGGAGUGAGAGUGGUACAUCUCUCGGUGUUAUAGUUGGAGUUAUAGUUGGAGUACUAAUAAUUAUAGUAAUAGUCGGAGUAAUCAUUUUAAUAGGUGUGAUUGUGAUUGUACGAAACAAGAAGAAUGAGGAAAAGCGGCGAGAGGCGCGAAAGAAGAAGAAAGAAGAGAAAAUGGAGAAACAAAAGAUUUUGCAAAAGGAAAAAAAAGAGAAAAAACUUGAGGAAAAGCGCGCAAGAGAAGCGGAAGAAGAAAAAGAAUUGAUGCAAGCAAGUGUUGCAGUAGAAAUGAAUGGUAAUGCCGACUAUGAGAAUAUCUUGGCAGAAAAGAUGAUGAAUGAAGCAGAAGAAGCGAAGAAAGAAGCCGAACGUGUUGAGAAAGAGAGAGAAGAGAAGAUUAAAGAGGAGGAACAGAGACGACUGCGAACUCAAAAAGAAGCAUUGGAACUCAAAAAGCGCAAAGAAGAGGAAGAGAGAUUGCAGAAAGAGAGGGAAGAAAAGGAACGGAAAGAAAGAGAAAUUGAAGAGAAAUUGAGACAAGAUCGACUCGAAGCGGAACGACAAGCACGUGAAGAAGAAGAAAAAGAAAGAAGACAAAAAGAAGAAGAGGAAAAGGCGAUUGAAGCAGCACUACUGGCGAAAGCAAAAGAAGAAGAGAACAAGAAGAAAGAAAAUGAAUUAAAGAAAAAUUCCAGCGAAGAUGCGAAGUGGGAUAGCAGUGACGACAGCGCGAAUUCCAUCUCGGACGACGAGAGUAAACUUUCCAAAGAAGUGGUGACUCGGACAAAGCCACGGUUUAUAGUUGGGAUGGAGCAAUUGUACCCAUUCACCAAAUUUGUAGAGAAAAAGGAUAGCGACGCUGCGUCGGAGUCGACGCAAUGGGAUGAUUCCUCAGAGUAG